AUGUCCUCCCCUGACCUAUCAGAAGAAGAAGAGUCUCCAAGCUCAGGAAAACGACCUACCAUCGGUAGAAAUGAAGGAGUUACCAUUCCCACUCCCCCCGCUGUCACCACCCAAGUCAAUCCCUGGCAAUACCUACAGUCUGCGUCCAACGGAACAGUAGACUCCCCCCCUAACCUCAGCCUCAAAGACUACUUCGAGUGGACAUCCCGCAUCCGCAACUUACUCUUCAUUUCAGAAGAGUAUGGCUCCGCUACUGUCCGCACAGAGGAACGACAGUUCGUGUGCUCGGGUUGCUUAUGCCCGUUCCCCAAGAUACAAGGGUGGUUUGGCCCCGCAGCCAGCACAUCCGAGGACUCAUCCAAAGCCUCGCUCGACAGUCGCGCCAAUCAUAGCGCCCCCUCCUCCAAAUCUAAUGCUUUGCCAAGGGGAAGAGGCAACAGAGGUAGAGGAAGAGGUCUGGGAAAGAAAGGACGUGGCCAAUACUAG